AUGCAGGGUGCCGCGCAAUCUUUGAGAGCGAAGAAGGCUGCCGAGAGGAAGGCGGCUCGGGAAAGGGCGAUACUGGAGGCGAACUUCAAACCGCCUACUCCCCCCGAAGUCAGGAAUGACUCCGAGGUCGCUGUUGAUACCGAGGCAAUCGACGAAGCUCGGGAAGACACGACUCUGGUUGGGGCUGAGGCCUCUGUUGAUGUUUUGUCGACAGAAGUCCUCGAGGCGGCAGGGACCUCGGCUAUUGUUGCUCUGGGUGCCGAGGCGAAGACUAAGGCGAAGGGUAAGAGGCCCCGAGGUGAUAGCUCGGGAGGCCGUAGGAAGGAGAAAAGGAGUCGUAACGAGGCUCCCAUCUACAAGGAUAAGACAGCUGCUUUCCAUUCGAUGAACUCCAUGGUUCGAGCCUACGAUUCUUCGAACCGGAAAUGCGAGACUUCCCGAGCCGAGGCGGAGGUCAAGAUUGCUGAGACCGAUGCCAGGAUUGUCGAGGCAGAUGCAAAGAUUGCCGAGGCGGCGGCCAAGAUUGCCGAGGCGGCGGCCAAGAUUGCCGAGGCGGAUGAGGCCAGGCAGAAUGCCGAGGCGUUGGCCAAAGCAGAGAAGGUCGAGCGGUUGAAGACGGCCGAGGAUGGUUUUCGCCUUCAACGGAAGUUCGAGGCUGAAAUCAAAUGCUUGAACCGGCUAUUCACCGAGGAGAAGUCUCUUCGGGAGAAGGAAGUAGCUCGGGAGAGAAAAGCGGCUAAGAAGGAGUUCGCCAAGAGGAUCGAGGCGAUAGAGGCGAAGAUGGACCUGUACGGGAAGGCGUCUGAGCGCUACAUGUUUCAAGUGCAGGCUAGGGCCAAUGCCGAGCUGAUUGCCGAUCUUGAAGGCAGCAAAAAUCUCGAAGAUGAAAAGGAGGAAGUACUCCAGUGGAAAGCGGAGUAUGGGGAUGCUGCGGGAGGAUCUGAGUCUUCCUCCGGCUUCUCCAGAUUCUGUUGA